GGAAAAUAAAAAGGAAACCUGCGACCAAAGGAUCCAGAUCAGAUGAAGAUCGGCCGGAAGAAGGGCGAUGCCGCCACGUCGUCCGAUGGCGAUGACGGAGCAGCGACCGAGGCGCCGCCGGGAGUGGCGGAGGUGGGCGCGGCGCUCGCCCCGGCAUUAGAAGAGAAGGCGUCAGCGGAUGCGGGGGCGGGCGCAGAAGACGAGGAGGAGGAGGAGGAGGAGGAGGAUGAGGAGGAGGGCGAGGAGGGAGAGGAGGAGGGGGUUUUGGAGGGGGGAGAGGAGGAGGCGCCGAAGCUUGACGAGGACUUCUACGAGAUCGAGGACAUUAGAAAGAAGAGGGUCCGCAAGGGUCAGGUCCAGUAUCUCAUCAAAUGGCGGGGAUGGCCGGAGACAGCCAACACCUGGGAACCCUACGACAACGUCAAAUCCUGCGCAGAUAUCAUCGAAGCCUUCGAAGAGAGGUCGCGGUCGACCAGGCCUUCGCGGAAGCGCAGGCGCAAGCACGGGGUUUCUCAAGGCGUGGCCAAGAAGAAGCAGCAGCAGCGCUCCGGCCAGACGGAGGAAUCUCCCGCGACCGCCGCCGAGAAUCCGAGACCAGUGUCUCAGGACAAGACGGCCGCUGCCAAUUCUACUGAUAGAGCCAGGGAAGCGGAGGCAGAUGCGGUGGUGGAGGAGGGAAACGGGAAGGAGUACGCAGGUGCGGUCGAGGCGAAUGGCUCUCCUCUGCACGGAGCUCAAGAUGAACAGAAGAAAAGGGGUGUGAACGGGAGUCCCAGUCUUGGGGAGCAACAAGGACAGUCCAUUUCCAUCCAUCUGCCUGGCGGGCGGGAGGAAGAUGGUUCCACUGAUGGGUUCUCCAAGGUGGAGAGCGCCCAGCCCUCGCAGCAGGGCAACCAAGUCACUGGUGCCAAGAGGAGGAAGUCUGGAUGCGUGAGGAGGUUCAAGCAGGAUUCACGUCCUUGUGAUCGGGACGAGGUGCGAAAUGCAGCUGCCAGGAGUGCAAAUGGAUCUUGCGGCAAAGGUGAAAAGUCGGGGAAUGAAGAUGUUGGAUCCACUGAAGAUGAGAUUGGUGAUAAGAACAAGAUGGAUGACUCUGCAAAAGCGCUUUUUAUUGCAAAGAUCAUUAAACCGAUCCGUUACUACGCGACGGUGACGGACAAUGUGCAGCAAGUGUCCAUAACAUUCAAGGCUCUGAGGUCUGAUGGGAAAGAGGUGCUUGUGGAUGACAAAGAGUUGAAGGUCAAUAACCCACUGCUGCUAAUCAGUUUCUAUGAGCAACAUCUUCGUUAUAGUCCACAGUCAUGAGAAGCUUCUUUAGUGCUUUGAUCCAGCCCACUGCUAGGAUGGCUAAUUUACUGGCUGAUUGAUGCGUCAUUGGAGUAUGUUUAGCAGCAAUUUUGUCUGCAGUGUUGUUUAUUUUAGAUGACUUUAGAUCAGUUUAUGCUAAAUACUCCCUCAGAACCUUUACAGUUGCAUCUUCUCAACUGUUAAUACCCAAGAGGAAUGGAGGAGAGUUCACUGUUGCCGACCUCUUUAUGGUGCCUGAUGAUAUUGUUGGAUAAUUGUGCUGGACGCCUAUUAACAUGAAAUAUGGUAUAUUGUAUAUUAUAGCUAUAAUUUCAUUAGUGCUGCAAGAUAUUUAUAAGUAUAUUUGGGGUUUAA